UUCCCUGCAGUGCAGCUACACAGGCCCAGAAACAUUUCCAGCAGCCAGCCCUGAGCUACCCAGAAACGGUACAGCAGCUAUCCCUCGGACCCUCCCUCUCUCUCAGUGUAUCAUGUGACUGCUGCAGUCACCUGACCCAGUGCAGUCGGAAGAUAGUUUUGCUGAAGGGGCCUCUCUGCCUGCUUACUGCUACCAUCCUCCUAGUAACCCGGAUGUUAAUGCUGCCUCUGCCUGGAGUCUAUCGUAUAGUGUAGCGACACCAAGAUGGAGAAUAUUGAAGCAUGGACAUCUGUAGCUCCGUCUGAAGCCAUUAAAAAGAAUUCUGAGAUCUUUAAGAAGCUUUUGGAAAAAGAUCCUGAUGCACACAUUGCCUUUGAGUUAAACAAAGAAUCCAACCCAAACCUGAAGAAUGUCAGCCUCCAGACCAGCUUGAUGAGCAAAGUGUUUGCUAAUUUUCCUGAAGUGUUACUGAUUGUCCGCUCCCACAAUAAAAAGGAAAGCGCUCUGUACACGUUUAUGGCUGAUGGACCACGCCUUGGUUCCUCAUUUGAAAUGUCAAAAAUUGUGUAUGUAGCUGUGCCUAAGGAUGAAACCCAUAAGGGUCUCGCACAAAUGUUUCGAGUUAUGAAAAGCUUUAACCCCUGUUGGCCUGAAAUUCGCAUAUUUCUGGUGGAUCCCUACUUCAAAGGGGCCGAGGCUAUUUACGAAGCAUUCCCGUCUGCCGAAGUUGUUCUUUCAGCCUUCCAUGUCUGCAGACACCUCCAGGAAAAUAUCUGUCACCUAUCCUUACCCACUGAGACUGAGCAUAUACUGGUAAAUACUCUGAAAACCACAAUGUGUUCCUCAACUGAGGAGAAUCUAAGAAAAAUGCACUCAAUUUUACACCAGUAUGUGAAGCCCAGUUUGUUAACCCAGUUGAAACCAGCCUGGCUUCUAGUUGAUCGUAUCUGGGCACUGCAUCGCUGGAGAACGUCGAGUGACUGCUUUGUGUACUUCCAAACAAUGGAAGUUAUGAAUCGUGAUUUCAAUGAUCUCUACAAAAAAUCCUUCUCGAUGUACUCCACUAUAAGUGUUUUGACUAACUUAAUCCAGCAACAUUCUUUGGGCCAAGGACUGCCAGAAGUACGGGCCUGCAGUCUUGAAGAGUUAGCAUUGCUGGAUAGCAAAAAUAAGAGGACUGAAACUGUGGUGCCAGAAUCUGAAAUGGAUUUUGAAACUGCAGCAAUGAUAUGUGAGUCACUGAAUGAUGUCUGCAUCCCUGCGGCGUUUGAGCUAUGUCAGAAAGAGCUGGCAAUCGCUCAGGAGUCAGUGCGACUGAUUAGGGACAGUGAAAACACAGCUAAUAUUCAGCUUUUUGAGAAACCCAGUGAAGUUAAUUGGGGCAAACCAAAGACCUGUACCUGCAGUUUUAACAAAUGCUUAAAGCUUCCUUGUCGCCACAUCUUAGCUGUGCUCCGUGCCGAUGAGGAGGUUCUACAGCCAGAUAUGCUUUCCAAACCCUGGCAGAAAGAUACUGAAGGUUUUGAAUCUAUGCUUCCUGUGUCUUCUGACACCCUGGAUAUUUUAAAGGGUGAUAGAAAAAAUGUCCCAGAAAAACAACUGUUUGUCGAUUCCAUGACAAGCCAAAUCUCACAGUUAUUAGCAGAGUGCAGCGAUGACGUAUUUCAGAAGCGCUAUAAUAGUUUGAGGGAAUUAGCAGAUGCGUGGAUUGGGCCUUAUGAACAGGUGAAGCUAUAGUCUGGGGCUAUAUUUUACAGUGUUCACUUGCUUUGCCAUGUUCUAGAUGAGGCAUACCAAGAACAUGUACAGUGGUUUUCAAUGAAACAAAUGCCCUACAGAAGCAUCUGGUUUUAUUUUUUUCAUUUGAGGCAAGUGUAGAAGGUGUAACACCAUGAGGUGCUCUUUACUAAAGGGGAAAUUUGUACUGAACAAACGUUUUCAAUCUAUGACACAAGUGUUUACAUUCCAGUACCACAGUGUAACUGCAGUAUAUAGUAGCAUACUUCACACUAGUCAGGAAACCUUUAACUAUAUGGUAUGCAACGUGUAUUUAUUUAAAGUUUUGUAUACUGAAUGGCACAAAAGAAAACAUGACCUCACCUGUGCUGAAGGUUAAUCUGAUGGGUUUUUCUAAUUACUGUAGAACGUAAAUCUCUAUACUUCACAGAUUAAAAAGUGACAAUUUUCUUUUCUUGUCAGUAAUAAAAUUAAA